UCUCUCAGGCCGAGCUUCUCGCCGACGGAACGAUCCUCGGGUGGUGUUGCAGGCGAACUCCGGCAAUCCGGCGCUCAUGGCCCUACUGCUUCAAAGUUGGGAGUGAUACUCCAGACAUGUUACUCACUUAGAAAGAAAUUUGGAACACCUGGACGCAUGAAAGGAGUGGUGUCUAAGGGUUAAUUAUGGGAAACUAAUAUCGGAGAAUUGGAGCAAAUGGGCACAUCAGCAAUGAACAAGGAAAAAUUGAAUGAUGGCAAAUGCAAUAAGCGUAGUAUGAGUGAACGGUGGAAGCAAAGGGAGUUGUUCCUUCUAAUAGCUUAUGCAUUUGUUUUCUAUGUCAUCAUAAUCCGCCGGUCUCUUCAACUUUCUAAUGAUUACUACCAACGGCUCUAUGGCUUACGUCCAGGAUGGCUUCCACCUCAUCUCCUCAAUGAUGUCUCAGAUGCCCAGUGGAGGAACUUUCGAGGAAAUAUACCUGUUCUUACUAUUGUCUUUGGAAUUUUCACUUUGCUGGCGAACUUGAUGAGAUCGUUCUUUAGCUUAAAAGUGAGGGGAAUGUCCACUGUCUGGCUUUUGUUUUCUUUGAUAUACGUAUCAUAUCUGCAUGGAGCAUGCAUAGUUUUUGUCCUAUCAAUAGCCACAGUUAAUUUUCUUCUAGUAAAGAUAUUUGCACGGAAGAAGUAUUUUACACUCAUAGUUUGGAGUUAUAACUUAUUUUUUCUUCUUUGCAAUCGUGUUUAUGAAGGAUAUCCGUUCUCUACAUUUGGGAAACAAUUGGCAUUUUUGGACAACCACCGAGGCACUUUUAGAUGGCACAUUUGCUUCAACUUUGUUGUUCUGCGUAUGAUAAGCUUUGGAUUGGAUUAUCAUGGGUUAAAUCAAGAGUCUCAUAUUGAUCAGGAGAAGCAUUAUCAACGUUGCCAAAUUUGUAAAUCAGGAAAACCUUGCUACCAAAUUCUGCAGGAGAGAAGCUUGCGGAGUGACAAGUUCAGAUAUAACACAUACCUUUGUUAUCUGCUAUAUGCGCCACUUUACAUUGCUGGUCCAAUAGUUAGCUUCAAUGCUUUUGCCUCUCAGCUAGAUGUUCCUCGGAGUAGUAAUUUAAACAGAAAUGUGAUAUACUAUGGCUUCCGCUGGGUAUUGAGUCUUCUUCUGAUGGAGUUAAUGACACAUUUGUUUUAUUAUAAUGCCUUCGCAAUCAGUGGUCUGUGGAAGCACUUGUCUCCCAUGGAUGUAUUCAUAAUUGGAUAUGGGGUCUUAAACUUCAUGUGGCUAAAAUUCUUACUGAUCUGGCGCUAUUUCCGGUUCUGGUCACUGAUAAAUGGCAUUGAGGUUCCAGAGAAUAUGCCAAAGUGUAUCAAUAAUUGCCACAGCUUGGAGGGUUUUUGGAAAAAUUGGCAUGCUUCCUUUAACAAGUGGCUUGUGAGGUACAUGUACAUUCCUCUUGGGGGGUCUCAAAAGAAGCUGCUAAAUGUAUGGGUCAUAUUCACAUUUGUUGCCAUCUGGCAUGAUUUGGAGUGGAAGCUUCUGUCAUGGGCUUGGUUGACAUGUUUAUUCUUUAUCCCUGAGUUGGUGCUGAAGUCAGCAGCAAAGGCAUUUCAGGCUGAAAAUGGUUUUGGGGAAUAUUUAUUUCGUGAACUCAGUGCUGUUGCUGGUGCUGUCACAAUUACCUGUCUCAUGGUGGCAAAUCUGGUUGGCUUUGUUAUUGGACCGGGAGGCAUCAACUGGUUGCUUUCUUCUUUCAUUCGAAAAGAAGGACUGCCAGUUCUUGGUGGCUUACUUCUGUCGUUUUACGUGGGAACGAAGCUUAUGUUCCACAUAGCUGAAGCAAAGCAAAGGUCACCUUGAACGGCGACAUAUGUUGCCUAUAUUACUUUAUCCCAAUCUGCAAAUUCCAUGUUCUCAUGAUGUGCUAGAAGUUACAUCACAGAGUUCUCUGGGUUAUGUUAUCAAACUGAUCUUCAUUUUUUUCAUGGCAAAACCAAAAUCAAAGACAAAGGAAAAAGAACAAGUAAAGCUGAUUGGAAAUGGAUUAUGAGUAAAUGGUUCGGGAUUAAGCAUUUUACCUACCAGUUUCGUCUGGCCAGAAAAACGAAUAUUCUUCAUUGCUUUUGAAUUUUGAUAAUUGCAUUUUGCUUUCUUUGUUUCGCCAGAAUAAUGUGUAGUGUUAUGUUUGCCUGUUUAUUUACUUUCAGAUGUCAAGAAAGAAGGAAAGAAAGAAAGAGGAAAAAAGAAACCCAUUUAAUUGCCCCAUUUUGCAUUAUGACUUGUGAAUGCAAGAGAACUUGACAAUAUGCGGGAUUUAAGUAUGGUCCUAAAAAGAUAUAAUAUUCAUAUCUCAUA